UAUGAAUGAAUGAUGUACUUGGUGUUCCGGUUCUCUUAUCAACCCUCGAGUUUGAUAUCCCGAGGCUUACUUAUACCAAGUCUUGGCGCAAUCGGAGCCGAUGGAUGGCGUAUAAUCCACGGGAUGUCGUCUCAUUAAAUCAAUGCAAUGCAGCUGCAGCUGAAGCUUGACAUUUUCCCAGCUGAGUGUACUUCUAGCCUCAAUCCUUGCCCUUUUCUUCUUACUUUACCCCUGCUGCCCUGACUAUUCUAUAAUACCAACAAAUGUGCCUCAUAUCUCAUAUGUACCAAGAUAUACUAAGAUCUAAAAGUCCCAACUUAUUCUCGUUAGUUGAGUUGCACAAGAGAUGGCGACAUUUGCCCGAUCAACAUUUUCAGCAAAAGCCUACGCAGCUUUUCGGCCGGCUUACCCCCCAUCACUAUUCCGUACCGUGCUGAACUAUCACAAGCUACCCGCAUCCAACGGCACAUUACUGGAUCUUGGGUGCGGCCAUGGCCUUAUCGCGCGUCAUCUUAGACCGCAUUUCAAAUCAGUCAUUGCGAUCGACCCGUCAGCAGGGAUGAUAACGCAAGCAAAGCAAACAACGACAGAUCCUACCAUUACGUUUCGUCAAGGUAAUGCCGAGGAUCUGGACUUCUUAUCUGAUGGUUCCGUAGACAUGGCUGUUGCGGGUCAAGCCGCGCAUUGGUUUAACUACGAUAAAGUCUGGCCGAACCUCGCCCGUGUGAUACGUUCCGGGGGCACAGUCGCCUUCUGGGGAUAUAAGGAUAACGUACUUAUCGGCGCCGAACGGGCUACCGAAAUUAUGGAGCGGUUCGUUUACGGGUUCGGCGAAGUAGCACCGGGCGUAGAAGGAAUGGGUCCGUAUUGGGAACAGCCUGGGCGUAAUAUCCUACGCAAUCUCCUACGUAGCGUGCAACCCCCCGAAACAGACUGGAUGGACGUUACCAGGUUGGAACACGAGCCCGGCCAGGAGGGGACAGAUGAGACCCGCUGGUUGAGGAAGAAGAUGAAGCUAGGUGAGGUAGAAGGCUAUACAAGGACGUUUAGCUGCUUCAAUGGCUGGAAAGAAGCUCACCCCGAGGCGAAAAGUAGAGCGGACGGCGGAGAUGGAGAUAUAGUUGAUAUCAUGUGGGAUCAUAUGGUCGAUGCGGUACCGGAAUGGAAGGCCAUGGGAGAGCGGUGGCGGGAAGCCGAAGUUGAGAAUGAUUGGGGUACUUAUAUAUUAAUGGCUAGACGCCGGUGAUGUAUUGUACGGCAGCACCACUGGCGCCUUAGUGUCAUGAUCACAAGGAUCCUAAUAAAUAGUCUUAUAGCAUCUCCGGGCUAUUUUCUUCCCUUCAUUAUCACGGCUCUCGUCUUUAUCCCCCCAUAGACUAUUUGUCUUAUAGGAUAAAGUCUUAGGUAUUCUAUUGAAUGCCCAAUGGAAUGAAGUAAAGAAAUCUUUUUAAAAUAUUUGGUACCUUAUUUGGUAAAUAUAAUAAUCCGUACUACGUACAUGAAGUGAUAUCUGGAGGGACUCUCUGAGGUGAACAUGUACCUAACG